ACAAACCCACGCUCUGCUCCUUCAUCUUCCUCCGGGUGGCUGACGCUGGUCCUGGGACUGUUCCAGCCUAGAGCUCCUCCUGCCUGUGACCCAGGAUCCCAGCCCACCCUCUGCCAUGAAAAUCCUUCCUUUGCUCCUUGUUCUCCUCUUGGUGGCAUUUCAGGGAGCUGCAGGGCUGCGGCUCUGCUGGCGACUCCCAGGCAUGCGGAUCCUGCCCGUCCUCUGUGCUCUGCUCCUCCUGAUGCUCCAGGGAGUGACAGGGCUGUCCCCGGUUGGAGCAUCAGCGCAGGAGUGCGAGCGCCGCGGGGGAUUCUGCUCCCACCGCUCCUGCCCGCCGGGGAUCGGCCGCAUCGGCCUCUGCUCCGAGCGGGAAUUCUGCUGUCGGAUGCGCUGGUAUCCCUGAUGGGCUCCUGGAUCCCCGAGCAGGACACCAGCCCGUCAGGACGAUGCUGCCCGGAGCAACCCCGCACAGCCAGACCUGGAUCCCAUGGGAAUCCCAUCCCUCAA